AUGGCGCCCAUGAUGAAUUACAGUAGUAAUUUAAGUAAUUACGGCGAGGACGCUGUCCAAAAGGUCAACGUCCUUGCCUCCGCCUACAUCGUCGACGCCUCUCUCGCCUCGCUCAAGGGCCUCCACUACUGCACUACCGGGGCCGCAGGGGCCGAGUGCCCCCCCCUCGCCGCAUUAACCUCGUCCAACGACGUCGCCCUGUUCCCCAAGAAGAGGAGGAGCAGCUCCGGGCGCAGCCGGCGAGGGGGGGCAGCACUGUCGAUUAGGGAAGAAUGUGAGAGAUUCUUCUGCGAGUCCAUGAAGACGGCCUUUCUUGGUGAGAGGGAGACGUCCAAGUAUGGCUCCAGCUACUCGGGUGCUUAUAACAACAACACAACUUCACUACUGCCGACGCCGCCGCCCGACGACACCUUCCCGGCCUCGUUUCGCCGCGGGAGCGAUGUCGCCGUCCGUCCGAGCACCAACAAGGGUUUCUACGUUGAUGCUUGGAUGGAGGUCUGGGACUUUGCUGGCGGCGCCAGCUUCCGCGCGUUCGUCGCCGACAAUGGCCGCGAACGGACACUGUUCGUAUUCUUUGACUCGGAAGGCGCUAUGGCCAGGGAUCUGAAGAAAGGAUUGAUGGCUCUGAUUGAGCUGAGUGACGGCCCUCUUGACUGCUCCCAUAUCGUCACUUGUCUUGACCGCCGCAUUCCUGGCCACGACGCCGUGGAGCUGACCAAGAGCCUGCAGUGGGUUGGCUUCGAGAUGACCACUCUCGACCACUGGGCAGGCGACUUUGACGUGACCAGCCGCGACUGGCUGUUCAUGGGUAUGGAAGUGUAG